AUGUGCUCGGAUGCAGAGGAUGAACAACCCGGCCCGUCACCAAGGGCGGCACAUGAAAUUCCGGCACUAGCCACGAUGAAGUUGCCCAAGCAUGCACCCGGCGCCCCAGCAGCUGCGACUCCUGUCCGAAUAAAGGUACCAGAAGCAGCAAACCGCCAGAAACGUCGUUUAUUCCGACGAAAGAAGGUGGAAAUUGGCGCAAGUCAAAAAAGGGGAACACCCAUUAAUGAAGUUGGACGCGAGACCCCAAUUCCACAACAUGUAAAAGUGAAGUCAUCGCGAAUUCUCUAUACAACCGACGAGGAGGUGCGCGAAGCUCUCGUGGAGUUUGGAAUUUUCAUCAUUUUCCUUUUUCUCACAUCUCUGGUUACGUUGUCCGUGCGUCACUCUCACAUGUUCUACUUUAACGAUACGAUUAAGAAAUUAUUUGUUACACGCAACCUAACGGUGGUGCCAUCCGUGACAGUAUCCUUUGAGAAAAUGCUCACCGUGCCAGAUUGGUGGGACUACUUGAUAUACAACUUUGUGAACACUUUACACGGAGAUAUGACCGAUAACCUAAAAUACGAAUCGGAGAGCAAAGCUAAAAGAGAAUCGAAGUCAGGGAAGUCCAGGGAGAAGGAAUACUCUGGGAGGAAAAGAGAGCCCGCUGCCCGAGCUGCUCCCCCGUGGGCUGUGAACAGCUCUUAUUUUACCACCCUGCAGGGUCGAAUGUUUCUGCAGGAGAAUCUGUUGCUGGGCCCACCACGACUGCGGCAGAUACGCGUCAGCAAGGACACUUGCCACGUGGACACUGGCUUUACGCAGAACUUCAACAUUUGCUAUCCCGCGUAUUCCGUGGAGGCCGAAGAGAACAGCGAGUGGCACAAGGAGUCGCGAUAUCACACGAUGGGAGAUUUAGGCGCCACUCCAAUUAUGACUUUAUUGGCCUACUAUCGCUCGGGCGGGUAUACUGUGGAUCUGACCUACGAUAAGCAGGAGAAUUUGCAGAUCAUAAAUAAACUGAAGACUAUCAACUGGUUGGAUCGCGGCUCGCGGCUCUGCUUGCUGGAGUUCAAUCUGUUUAGCGACAACAAAGACAUUUUUCAGAGCGUCAAAUUAAUUGCUGAAAUUCCGCCCACGGGUGGUGUCAUACCGCAGGCGCAUCUGCAGACAGUCAAAGAAUAUUCAUUCUUCACGGACCUCAGUCUAUCCAUGACCGUGGUCUACAUAUUCUGGUACAUAAUGGUGUUCUACUACACCAUCUAUGAGAUCAACGAAAUGUACAAAUCGGGCUUUAAAAAGUACUACAAAUCCUUACUAAACAUUCUCGACAAUGUUGUGCUGGUGCUAAGUUACAUCGCUUUGGUGUACAACAUUUGGCACACAUUUCGAAUGAAAUCAAUUUUAUCCAAGGCACGCGCUGAAGAGAGUUAUCAGAGCAUCGACUAUCUGUGCUUAUCGAACUUGGUCUAUGUGGACAUGAUGGCUGUGCUGGCAUUUCUCGUUUGGAUUAAAAUAUUCAAAUUUAUUAGCUUCAACAAGACACUCAUUCAGUUUACAACGACACUGAGAAGGUGCUCCAAAGAUUUAAUUGGUUUCAGCAUUUUGUUUGGCAUUGUUUUCUUGGCCUAUGCCCAGUUGGGUCUGCUGCUCUUCGGCGCUGAGCAUCCCGAUUUUCAUAAUUUUGUUACCGCUGUCCUGACCAUGAUUCGCAUGAUACUCGGUGACUUUCAGUAUAAUCUCAUUCAGCAAUCCAAUCGAGUGCUCGGCCCCAUCUACUUUCUCACCUACAUUGUGCUCGUCUUCUUCAUUCUGUUGAACAUGUUCUUGGCCAUCAUUAUGCAAACUUAUAAUGCGGUGAAGAAUGAAAUCACCCAAGGACGCAGCCAAUUGGCCUCGUAUGUCUAUAAGAAACUGUCCGCUGCCUUCUACUGGGUAACCCACUGUGGACGCAAACGUCGUCUUCUGCCGCCACCUCGACCGAAAAGCGUUCACAAAGUUGCUGACGCCGUUGAGUUGACGGACCCCAAAGUGCUAAGGAAGAACAUGACCAAAGAGGAGGCACGGUACUUCGAAGAGAUUCCACACGAUGUUAACAACAGGCAAUUGUAUCGUGUCAACAAUCGCGUGAGUUUGAUUGAAGAAGUUCUCGAACAGCUGGUGGCCAACGUGGAUAACAUUCUGCAACGCUUUGAGAGAGAGCGCGGCGCCAGGAAGAUCUAA